AUGGAAUACACAAAAGAGAAGAAAGUCGGUGAAGGUACUUAUGCGGUUGUCUAUUUGGGUUCUCAACAUUCUACUGGGAGAAAAAUCGCCGUGAAAGAGAUUAAAACAUCUGAAUUCAAAGAUGGUUUGGAUAUGUCAGCUAUACGUGAAGUCAAGUACUUGCAAGAAAUGCAACAUCCAAACGUUAUUGAAUUAGUGGAUAUAUUCAUGGCUUAUGAUAAUUUAAACCUCGUUCUGGAGUUUCUGCCAACUGAUUUAGAGGUUGUAAUAAAGGACAAAUCGAUAUUGUUCACACCAGCAGAUAUUAAAGCGUGGAUGCUCAUGACUUUGAGGGGUGUUUAUCACUGCCAUAGAAACUUCAUUCUACAUAGGGAUUUGAAACCAAAUAAUUUGUUGUUUUCACCAGACGGUCAAAUCAAAGUAGCAGAUUUUGGUCUGGCUAGAGCUAUACCCUCUCCACAUGAAAUACUAACGAGUAACGUGGUGACUAGAUGGUACAGAGCGCCAGAGCUUUUAUUUGGAGCCAAACAUUACACAUCAGCUAUUGAUAUUUGGUCAGUGGGGGUUAUAUUUGCCGAAUUGAUGCUAAGGAUACCCUAUUUGCCGGGACAGAACGAUGUAGACCAAAUGGAGGUAACAUUCAGAGCCUUAGGAACACCUACCGAUAGGGACUGGCCUGAAGUUUCUUCUUUUAUGACAUAUAACAAGUUACAAAUAUACCCACCUCCUUCCAGAGAUGAAUUGAGGAAAAGAUUCAUUGCCGCUAGUGAGUAUGCAUUAAAUUUUAUGUGCGGAAUGUUAACAAUGAACCCACAAAAGAGAUUGACAGCCGUUCAAUGCUUAGAAAGUGAUUAUUUCAAAGAGUUGCCACCACCCAGUGAUCCCUCUACAAUAAAAAUACGUAGUUAA